AUGUGGAAACUAGAUUUACUCGAAGCGAAGUACCACGGAUCAAACCCGAGGUUUCCCCAUACAAAAAAAAUUUUGUCAGCUAGAAAUAAUAGUAAACUUUUGAAGAAAUUGCCUCAAUCUAGAGAUGAAGCCGAAAAAGAGAUAUUGGCCUUGAAGGAAGAUCAUUUCCAUAAGAAAUACUAUGGGGCUUAUAAAAAAUUAAAUAAAGAAGUUAACAAGCAUAUUAAAUCUGAUCUUAAUAAAUGGAAAAACGUUGAUUCAAAAAAUGGUCUACUUGAAUUUUUUGGGGCCGAAGACAGAAUUCAAGAAUUGAUUACUUCGAAACUUAUUAAAUGUAUUACAUCUUCAAUUUUGAUCACUAAGGACUUGAAAUCAGUCCCUCCUAAGUACAUGCCAUCGGAUGUUUGUAGUAUAAUUACUGAUAAGUCGCAUAAAUCAAACCCAUCAGCAUUUUUCAUAAACUAUUGUCAAACCAAUAAAGACUUGAACAAUUAUAUAUCCAAUUUAUGGAAUACAAAAUCAAUUAAGCCUUUACUAAGUGAGAUUGAAUGGUCGUUUAAAAUGGUGAGAGGUGAUUUGACUAAGUUUGAAAGAGAUGCAAGAAAGAAGCUAGUCGGCAAAGACAUCCAAUCAGAUUUUGAUGAAGAUAAUAACGAGGAUGUUCAAGAUGACAGUGAUGACGAUAUGGUUGAAGGAGAUUCGUCCAAAGGUCAUGAAAAAGAAAUUGGAGAUGAUGAAAGUAUAGAUGCUGAAGAAAUAUUUGAUAAAUUUGCCGUAUACGACAAUUUAGUAAAUAAUUCAGAUGAUGAGGAACAAAAGUUUGAUUUAGAUCCUAAUGUUAAUUAUAAUGAAGUGACAGAUGAAGAGUCUUCUGAUCUGGAAGAUGACAUAGAUGUAAGUGCUGGUAAUUCAGAUGACAGUUUCUUCGAAGAUGAUGUGCGUCAAGAAGCCAAGACCUCAAGCAAACGAGAAUAUAAGUUGCCAGAAUUAGCCAAUGGUUAUUUUUCAGGUGGUUCGGAUGAUGAAGAUGAUGAAAUUGACAAUGAUAAAGUUGUGAAAGAGGCUACCACUCAACGCAAGAAUAGAAGAGGUCAAAGGGCAAGGCAGAAAAUAUGGGCCCAAAAAUACGGUAAAGAAGCCAAGCAUGUUAAAGAAGAGCAAGUAAUUAUUGCGAGUGAAAGAGAACGUAAAAGAUUGGAAUAUGAAGAAAGAUGUAAGAAAAGAGAAUUAAAGGCUAAAAUAAACAGUGCACCUACUGGUUCAAAUACUGCCCCAUUGGCGGAAAGAAGACCGAGAACUAACACUGAAGAUCCAGUUGAAAAGCCUGUUGAGAUCUCUAAGCCUGUUGAGAUCUCUAAGCCUGUUGAAAAAGAGCAUCCAUCUUGGGUAGCUAAGAGGCUCGCUGAAGAAAAGCAAAAGAAUGCCAGAUUUCAAGGUACGAAGAUUAAGUUCGACUGA